AAUAAUAACAUCAACUCCACUCCCACAAUUACAAACCUGUCCUGUGCCCUCUCCUCAUCGCAUUCAAUCUCAACAACCCUCUCCGCUCUCUCUCUCUCUCUCUCUUCCCUUCUCAGCAUUCUACGUCGUUGUUUCGAUACAAAAUGCUGGGUUCACGUUUCUGCGUCCGCACCGUAUCCGGCGUGGGCUCCGCCGCAGCGGAUCACACGAAUGCCGCCUCCACCGCCCGCUCCGUUCCGAGCUCCGUCGCCGUCGACUUCUCGCCGCUCCACCUCUCACCGCUCCGGUCCCGCCGCCGCAGAUCCAUCCUCAUUUCCUGCGAUUCCUCCCGCCGUAGAUCCAGCUCCGGCGACUCUCACGACAACAACAACGAUUAUCUCGAAGCUUCUCUCCUUCUCUCAGAAACGUUCUCCCACUAUCAUAUGUGGAAGCAUAGAUUUCAACCGGAGUUUCAAUGGAAAUCGUCUACGCCGUCGAUUCCCUUGUCCAGAACGGAUAAUACUUUAUUGAGACAUGGCUUCUUACAGCGUUUCAAGAAUCCUACGAUUUUUCUCAGGAUUUCUUGCGAUGGAGACUAUAUUCUGCCCAUUGUUGUAGGGCAGAUUGCUAUUGAGAAACUUAUGGAUGCGGAAUCUGAACAUGAAAGUGUGGAAUGUCCUGACCAGUACCAGUUUGUGGAAAACCUAGUUGGAAGACUAGACCAUGAAGUGAUAAUGGUGAGAAUUACAGAGAGAGUAGUCAGCACUUACUUUGCCAGAUUAUACCUUAGUCAGCCAGGGAAAACUGAUCUUAUCAGUGUGGAUGCCCGUCCCUCAGAUGCCAUUAAUGUUGCAAAUAGAUGCAAGGCUGCAAUAUAUGUAAGUAAAGAAAUUGUUUUCACAGAUGCUAUCAGAAUUGGUUAUGGAAUGGGCGGAGUGUGUAAUAAAAAGACUAUUUAUGAUGUAUUGCUUGACAGUGCUGUAGAUGGUCCAGAUUUGGUAGCUCAAGAACUAAGUAUGAUGCAUAAUAUGCGUAUAGCUAUCAAACAGGAAAGAUUUAAAGAUGCAGUUUGUUGGUUGCCUUUUGCAGCUAUAUGGAGAGACAAACUUGCUAAUCUUCGUAAAUCAGCCCAUGAGCUCUAAUUAGCUUGUUAGGGUCAGUUCUGAAGAAUAUAGGGGUAUUAUGGGUAUCUUAUUCCUGAUAAUUUUUCAUCAGGAGUAUAUUGGGGAAUAAGUUACAGAAAUGAAGGAAACUAGCAAAAUUAAGUGUUGUACAGCUGUGUAUUAUAGUCGUCGACCCCACUUUGUGUACACCAAAUGAAUUUGAAUGUCUUAAACCUUGUAGAAGAUUGUCGUGCUUCUACCAAUACUCAGAAACGACGACGAUGAUCUUGUAUGUAUGCAAUCCUGGAAAUGAUCAUCAAUGAGAAUUAGCUCAUGUUUGUUUUAAAGUCACAUAAUAUAAAUAUGUACAAGUUAAUUUAGUUAUA